AUGAAAGUUGAAAUUCGGAGCAAAGAAAUAGUGAGGCCAUCUUCUCCCACUCCUCAAAGUCUCAAGAGUUACAAAUUCUCUUUUUUGGAUCAAUUAGCUCUCAACGUCAGGAUUCCAUUCGUCUUCUUCUAUGACUCCUCCUCCGGAGCUUAUUCUCAUGAUCAUAUCAAUACCAUUGAUGAGCUGAAGAAAUCACUCUCCAAAACCCUGUCUCUAAUGUACCCGCUGGCGGGGAGGGUGAAGGAGGAUAAGGUAACAAUCGAAUGUAACGACGAAGGUGUCGAGUUUAUUGUGGCCGAUGUUGUUGAAAUCAUGUCUUGUUUACUGGAGAAUCCUGAGAUGGAGAAGAUUAGGCAGCUGAGUCCUAGUGCAAAGGUUUAUGAGCCCCAACCGGUUGGAAAGGUUUUGCUGGCGGUUCAGGUGAACCGGUUUAGCUGCGGGGGAAUAGCUAUUGGGUUUUUCGUUUCACACGCUAUUUUGGAUGGUUCCACCCUUGCCAAAUUCUUGGAAAUCUGGGCAUCCUUCAACCGCGGCUUAUUCAAUAAUGGAGGAAUUGGAAGUGGAUUCAUUUCCAAUCACUCUACCAUCUUAUUCCCUCCUUUGACAGAUACUUCUGCCCUUGAACGAUCAGUGAAGAUGGCGGCAGAGGCAAUCCAGCAGGAAGAGAAACACAUGGUUGUUAAAAGGUUCGUCAUUCCCGCCAACGCCAUAGCCCAACUCAGAGAAGAAUUAAUAUGUAAGGAAAACAACAAGGGUUUGAGAUGGCCGUCUCGUACUGAGGCGAUAACAGCUUUAGUAUGGGCGGCCGUGAUAAACGCAACUCCUCCAACUCAAACCGUCCCGUUAUCCUGCAUGGUGGACUUGCGGGGCAGGAUGGAGCCGCCGCUGCCGCCAAACUGUCUAGGAAACUUGACCUACGGAGCCACCGCUCACUGCGAGGCGGCGAAACACGGCUCCGCCGUCGUAACCGCCGCUCAAUUGGUGGAGAAAAUACGCGAUUCUCUCCGAGCUGUGAACGACGGAGCGGCGAGGAAGAUGUACGGCGAAGGAGGAUUGUUGCGCGCGGCGUUUGUGAGAGGUCAUGAAAUGGCGCGCAAAAAAGAUUCUUCAACGACAACGUUGUACACAAGCAGUCUGUGUAGAAUGCCGUAUUACGAGGUUGAUUUUGGGUGGGGGACGCCAAGACUGGUGGUGAAUAUGGUGAAGAAUUUUAUGGUGCUUUUCUUAGACGCCAGUAAUGGAGGAGUAGAAGUGUGGAUGGGAUUGCCUAAGCAACUUAUGCACACAUUAACGCAAGAUCAGCACUUUCUUGCCUAUGUUUCUGCCUCUCCUAAACCAAAGCUAUGA